GGAGUGUAGUUGUUGUGUACAUGCCCUGCUUUGUACCACUCCCUCUAAUCUCUCCACCCCUCUGUCCGUGUUGUUUUCCCUCAGAGUUAGCCCAUGCGAGCAGCGUGUGGACUGAGUGCAGCUGUUUCGUUCAGAGCAGAGCCCAACAUGUGAGAAGAUGUCUGUUGGAGGUUGUGCUUGUCCCGGCUGUUCGUCAAAGUCAUUCAAGCUGUACUCUCCUAAGGAGCCCCCCAACGGCGGCAGCUUUCCCCCCUUCCACCCAGGCGCUAUGCUGGACAGAGAUGUGGGGCCUACACCCAUGUACCCCCCAUCAUACAUGGAGCCUGGAAUGGGGAGACCCACACCGUACGGGAACCAGACAGAUUACCGGAUAUAUGAGCUGAACAAAAGGCUACAGAAUUGGACGGAGGACUGUGACAAUCUCUGGUGGGACGCCUUCACCACAGAGUUCUUUGAGGAUGACGCCAUGCUCACCAUCACAUUCUGCCUGGAAGAUGGACCCAAACGAUACACCAUCGGCAGGACAUUGAUUCCACGAUACUUUCGAAGUAUUUUUGAGGGAGGCGCCACAGAGCUGUUCUAUGUUUUGAAGCACCCAAAGGAGUCCUUCCACAGUAAUUUUGUUUCCCUCGACUGUGACCAGUGCACCAUGGUGACUCAGAACGGCAAACCUAUGUUCACGCAGGUUUGUGUGGAAGGCCGCCUGUACCUAGAGUUCAUGUUUGAUGACAUGAUGAGGAUCAAGACGUGGCACUUCAGCAUCAGACAACACAGAGAGGUUCUACCUAGGAGCAUUUUGGCUAUGCAUGAUCCCCAAAUGCUUGAUCAGUUGGCUAAAAAUAUCACCAGAUGUGGGCUGUCCAACUCCACGCUCAACUACCUCCGUCUAUGUGUGAUAUUGGAGCCCAUGCAAGAGUUGAUGUCACGGCAUAAGACCUAUAGCUUGAGCCCCAGAGACUGCCUGAAGACCUGCCUUUUCCAAAAGUGGCAAAGAAUGGUAGCACCUCCAGCUGAGCCAGCCAGACAAGCUCCAAACAAGCGACGGAAAAGGAAGGUGUCCGGUGGAAGCACCGUGAGCUCCGGCGGAGGCAGCAAUAACAACAGCAACAGCAAAAAGAAGAGUCCAGCCAACAGCUUUUCACUCUCCAGCCAGGUACCUGACCUGGUUGGAACAAAAACCUGUACAGUGCCGGAGCUUGAGGACCGGAGUUGAGAACCACUACGCUAAAUCUUAAACACAUACAUACACACUCAAACAUUGACACAAACAUACACAUCCAGACCAGUGCACACAUUAUUACACGCACACACACCUACCCACCCACCCAUACACACACACCCACCCACCCACACCCACACACACACACACACACACACUUACAUUUACAGCAUAAAACACGGAGGUACUGGAGAGAGGUGGUACGCAGCAUGUCUGGACCAGAACACCAGACGCUACAGAAGUGUGUUUUCAUUUUCUAUGUUUUAGACUUGUUUUGAAUUGUUUUUAUUUUUGUAAACAAUUUCUAAAAAAUAAACAGACAAGCAAGCAAACAAAAACACCCCAGAAUAUUCUUUGCACUGUUUUCCACUAUUAACUCCAAUCUAUUUUUCUUAUGAAUUGACGGUGUAUUUUUUUUCUUUUCUAUUAUUGCUAAUGUAAGAACUGUAAAACAUCUGAAACCUGCAGUAUAUUAAUGUAUACGUAUUGCUGUUAGAUCAUUCUUAUUGUGAUGGUAAUAACUUCCAUGUAAGUCUGUGCUUAAUAUAAUGUCAUUCAUGUGUGUCAGCCAUCACACUGUCAUCAGGUCCAUCAGCUUCAGUGCUAGAAAACAGGUUGGGGAGAACAAGGCUAGUGUAUUAAUACUGUGCUACAUCUUGUUUGAUGUGAGUCCAAAGCAGCACACUGGAAACCAUUUCCCCCAGUAAAUUUCCACCCAGCGCCUGGUUCGGAUCUGUUGACUUGUCAUUGCAGAACUGUUUGCUUUGUCUUGAAAUCUCUGUCUGGGGAUCCUCUCUUCAGAGAACAUAAUGACAGAAAACUCAAAUUUGCUACUCAAAAAUAUUUUAAAAACAAGUUUUGACAGGAUUGUAAAAUAAGAAAAAAUGACUUUUGUAUUAACUUAAGUUUCCCAGAAAUGUUUUUAAUCACAAUUAAGAAAGCUGCAGACCAAGGAGCUACAUGUAAAGAUUCUUUAGAUAUUGAUUACACUGUGCUGUUUUAUGUUUUAUGAUGAAUCAUUUUGUUGGCUUUACUCCUCAUGUUUGUGUCUGUGCUUGUAUAUUUUUAGGUAGUAAUUUCUGUAAAAGUUAUUCUACGUAUUCCUCCCUAGAAUUAUGAGAAGCUCAAUCUAAUGUAAAGAGAUGAAAAGCCUCUUAAAAGUUUUUUUUAAACGUGAUUUUUAAUGGUACAAUCACUGAUAAAAGAAUUUUGCCCUCAUUUUAGCAAACUGUAUUUAUUUUUCUAUGUACUGACAUUCUGCUUAGGUCCAACACACCUGUACUAUACUCAUGAUGAUAUAUGGAGGAGUUUGUGGGGCUGCUGAGUCAGUUAUACAGGUCAUUCCAUUACUUUCCUUUUUUUUUUGGUGUGUGUGUGUCUUUUCCACAUGCGGCUCCCAGGUCUUUGGCCAGUUUUUCGCAAUGGUUCAGUCUGUUCGCAUUAAAGAGAUAUUUAAUAGCCUUUUUCUGCUGUUGUAGGUACCUGGUCCACACUGAUAAUCUGACAAGUUGAUUUUACUUAAAAUAAUCUUGGAAACUGAUUGCCUUGAAAAAGUAAAUAUAACUAUAAAUAUUAAUGUUCACUUUUUGUGAAGUCGUUGCAACUUCAAAAUGACAAAAAUGGCUGUUCUGUCUAAGUGUUGGCAACUUUUGUAAACCACGUUAGUCUUACUCAACGUGGUCAUGACAGGAAAGCUGCUAUUUUGUUAACGUGUUUAAGAACAUUCAAAUAUGAUUGACUAGUUUGCAACCAACAGAAUACAGAUAUAAGGUGCAACAACUUCACAAGAUUAAGUAAAUAUACGUACAUUUAAGUGAACUUAAAAAUUAGAUAUAAAGUUAACAUAAAUUAAGAUUAAUAUCUAUAUUCACAUAUAUUUUUCAAGGCGGUCAGUUUCUUCGAUUUUUUUUAAGCAAAAUAAACUCAGUUUACAGUGUACCUGAAAAUUUACAAAUGCGCUGAGAAACAAUAAAUAACCGCAUUUAGAGAAAACAUUAACCUUGAAGUCAUCCUUUAUUUUCCUGUAAAGUUGCUCGAUUUUAUGGCAACUCGUCCUCGGAUGGAGGACCUUGGGUUCCUCACUUGCUGGAAUUGUGCCACAAUGGUGCAACCUUUAGUGAAAUUUGAUCAAAUCUGUUUUAAAUUACAGGAAUUUUGUGGUGUUGCUUUGCAAUGUAUUGAUGUUUUCCAGAUACAUUUCAAAUCUAAGUGAAAAAUACAAAAUUCAAAGUGGAUAUUUCAUUAAUGGAAAUAUGCUGGCCAUUACAUCCUAUCCUGGGGAAAAACUCACUGGGCUUGACUUUUAGCUGCGGUGUGAGGGUUCCCUUUUUCUGUACAUUUGUUGUGAAGUGUUGCUGAACUGGCGGGCUUCAGCAUCACCCAGCUGAUGGUUAUUGGAUAGUAGUUUGCAGACUCUCCCAGCAGGGGUCUCUGCGAGCACCAGGACAGACUGAGCAGCCUGUCAGAAAUUCCUCCAUCAUUAAAUCUGGCAGAAGUGCUGUCUGUGAAUCUGCACCGAGCCGCAGGCUGUUGUGUUUAAAUCCUUACUCAUUGUCUCUGGCACCCCCAGUCUAACCCUUGUGAUGUAUCUACUCAGCAGACCGACACAGAAUUGAACCCAGGGGGUACUUUUCGACACCCUGUGUUUCCUAAGUUGAUGUAAUUUAGGGAAUAAGGGUUUGUGAUAUGUGAGACAGAGCUGAAAUGGCAAUUCACCCAUAGCUGGCUCCUGUAGCACCUCACUAUAGGGGUGAUUUUAUAUCUAUAUUUUUUGCCAGGUUUCUGUCAUUGAUAAUUCAUGUAUGGUAUCAAUAAAGAUGAAUUUUCACUGAA